UCACCUCCACCGGAUUCCCCACGCGUCCAUCACAAAUUGCCAAUCUCUCUUUUCCAAAACAAAUCCCGAACCCGACCUAAUCGGCGAUCCAUCGUCGCGAUGUCUCGCACGGGCAGCCGCCUCGCCUCCGUUGUGCGCCUCCCCGAUCGCUCUAGGGUUUCUGCCUCGCCUUCCCCACACCGUCGUGCCCUUUCCCGGUCGCCCUCCCCGCGCCGCCAACGCCGGCGCGACCGGUCCCCCAGCCCCGCCCGUGUCCGCCGGCGCGACCGGUCCCCCAGCCCCUCCCGUGUCCGCCGGCGCGACCGGUCACCCAGCCCCUAUCAGGACCGCCGCCGCGACCGGUCCCCUAGCCCCUUCCGUGACCGCCGCCGCCAGUGGUCGCCCUACCACAAUGACCGCGGUCGGGACCGAGACCGGGUUCGGGACGUGGAACCCCCCGCGCGCCGUGGCGGUGACGGAGGCGGCGCCUGGUCCGCCUCCGACGACGAUGACGAGGAACUCAAGGGCCUCACCUACUUCGAGUACCGCCGCCUCAAGCGCCAGAAGCUCCGCAAGAACCUGAAGCGGUGCAUCUGGAACAUCACACCCAGCCCCCCUCGCCGCGACGACGAGGCCGACGAGUACCAUUACAGCGAAGAGGAGGAGGAUAAGGAGAAGAAGGAAUCUCCGAAGAAGGAUUCCUCUGAUAAAAGUGAGGAUGAGGAGAACAAGAAUUCGUCAGAAUCUGAGUCUGGCGAGUCUGGUAGUUUGUCCGAUUCCAGCGAAUCAGAUUAUUCCAGGAGGAAGAAGAAAGGGCGUAAGGGCCAUCGUCGCAGCAGCAGUAGCAAGCGUAGCCGGCGUGCCCAUCGCCACCACUCUUCUGAUAUGGGGAGUGAGAGUGACGGCAAGGUCGAUGAGGAUUCAGAGGGUUCUUCUGAUUCUGAGGACUCGAGGGAUAAGAGGAGCAGGAAGAGAUCGCGGAGGCACAAGAAGUCGAAGAGGAGGGGCCGUAGCUCUGGGAGGAAGAAGAGGAAGAGUCUGGAUUUACCCUCUGAUGGAAGCUCCGAGGAGGUGGAGGUUUCAGGCUCUAGCCCUGAAAGGAAGACUGGCAAGAGCUCAAGGAAGAAGAGGAGCAAGCAGUCUGAUUCUGAAGAUUCGAUCCCUCAUGAUCCCAAUGCUGAAAAGGAAGUUGAAGAGACAGAUGUGCCAGAGAUUGAUCCUGAGGCAAUUAAGUUCAAGGAAAUGCUCGAGGCCCAGAAGAAGGCUGCCCUGGAGAAUGAGAUGCCGGUUGGGCCGAUGCCACUUCCUCGUGCAGAGGGUCAUAUUAGCUAUGGUGGUGCACUGAGACCCGGUGAAGGUGAUGCUAUCGCGCAGUAUGUACAGCAGGGGAAGCGUAUCCCACGUCGUGGUGAGGUGGGUCUGUCUGCAGAUGAGAUUCAGAAGUUUGAAGAUUUGGGGUAUGUGAUGAGUGGGAGUAGGCACCAGAGGAUGAAUGCUAUCCGUAUAAGGAAGGAAAAUCAGGUUUAUAGUGCAGAGGAUAAGAGGGCGCUGGCCAUGUUUAACUAUGAGGAGAAGUCAAAGAGAGAGCACAAAGUUAUGGCGGAUUUGCAGCGCUUGGUUUCCAGAACCAUUGGCCAAGAUUCAGGACCUUCACAUGACCCAUUUGCUACCACGGAUGGUUGAGUAAUGAUUUCUAGCUAUUAUAUACAAAGAAAUGGUUGCCAUUAUUCGCUAUGCAUCAUUUUCUUGCUGUUCCUAUAGUACUAGUGAUACCAAGUUUGCUUUUUCUGUGACUUCUGUUUUGUAUUGACUGUAUGUAGCUUAUUAUGCUUAUUAUGCUACAUGUUAUAUUUGAGUUCAUGGUUGUUGCUAUGUAUGUUAAGCUGCUUCAUUUAA